UCGAAAGAAAGAAUGUGGAGAGCAAGUUCCUUUUUCUUCCCUCGCUUCUCUUCUCCUUCCUACUCUUCCAGUACAAUUUGUUUGUGCAAAAUGAGCUGCAAAGCAGGUCCUGUAAUACCCAAAUUUAUUCCUGUUGAGACAAGUGAAAUUACAUCGAUAAGUAAGCCUGACGGCAUGAGGUUCAGCCUUGUGUCAUAUAACGUUCUGGCUCAGGCAUACGUGAAGAGUGCUUUGUUUCCACACUCUCCCUCAUCUUGCCUCAAAUGGAAAGCUCGAUCUCAAGCAACAUUGACAGUUCUCAAGAAUCUUGGAGCAGAUUUUCUUUGCUUACAGGAAGUAGAUGAGUAUGAUAGCUUCUACAUGAUGAAUAUGGAGAAUCUUGGCUACUCAAGUAUCUAUGUUCAAAGAAGUGGACAAAAGCGUGAUGGAUGUGCUAUCUUCUAUAAGCGUACCAGUGCAGAGCUGGUCUUAGAGCAAGCAAUAGAUUACAAUGAUCUCAUAAACUCUAUUGAAGAUACAGCAGCUUCAUCUGGUGAUAAAGAUGGUGUUUCAAUACCAAGUGGAAACGCUGAUAAUGAAUUAAAAGAUGAUUUGUGUAAAGCUCCAGGAGAUCAUGGUGAUCUUAAUGAUCCUCGUGUUAGACUGAAACGUGAUUGUGUUGGUGUCAUGGCAGUCUUUAAACUCAAAGUUCCUUCCUGUGACCCUAUUAUCAUUGCCAAUACCCACCUUUACUGGGAUCCAGAAUUGGCUGAUGUCAAGCUUGCACAAGCUAAAUAUCUACUUUCCUGCUUAGCUCAAUUUAAGCAGCUAGUUUCUAGCCAAUUGGAUUGCACACCUUCCAUAAUCGUGGCUGGUGACUUCAAUUCAGUCCCUGGAGAUCAGGUGUAUCAGUACCUUGUUUCUGGCUCGUCUUUGCCUGAGCACCUGCCAGAAAGUCGGGAUGAUCAACCCCUUCCUCUAUCUAGUGUUUAUGCCUACACAAGAGGGGAACCACACUUUACAAACUGCACUCCUGGGUUCACAGGAACUCUCGAUUAUAUCUUAUUUUCUCCUACUGGAGAUGUAAAGCCAGUCAGUUUCCUUGAACUUCCAGAAUCAGAGUCCCCUGAUGUGAUAGGUGGAUUACCAAAUCAUUAUCACCCAAGUGAUCAUCUCCCAAUUGGUGCUGAAUUUGAAGUUCUCCAGUAGUUGACGUCUGAGUUUUAGUCUACAAGCACAUAAAAAAUGCUUCGGGUGAUCCCUCGAUUUACUAAUUUUUCCGGUUUCGAAGUUUUUUAGCAGGUCCUUCAUUCUCAUAUAUUUGGUAGAACUGUAGCAGUUCCAGUCCCCAAGUUUUUCGUUGGUCCUUUUUUUUCAUGUAGUCAUUCAUUGGUCCUAUUUUAUUGAUUCUGUGAAAAUUUUGGAGAAAUGUCACAAGUGUAACUUCAUUGAUCCACUUAGUGGAAGUAGCGUUAGGAGUUCUUUCCAGGAGUAGGUUAUUUCUUUUGGAGUGCGUGUGCGCUAAUGAAGACAUCUCUUUUGCUGCUUCGAUUUUUGUUUAAUAGGCAGUCUCCCUGCCUUGAGCUGUA